AUGUUCACCAAGACCAUCCUCCUCUUCACCUCCCUCCUCCCCUCCCUCAUCACCGCAGCGGACACCAAAUCCUCCACCGUCAACCCCGAACUAAACGCCGCCCUCCGCAUGGCCGCCACAAACUUCGACCGCAAUGCUCUUCUCCCUGCCGAUGAAGACUGGUACUUCGACUUCGACUCCAGCAAAGACUACGACUCGCCCACCGGCGCUGUCAUCAACGCGAAUGCUGCUAGCUUCCCUGCUCUCACUGGCCUCGGCUCCAGCAUGGCUCUUCUCAAGCUCGCUCCUUGUGGCAUGCUGCCACCGCAUCUGCAUCCCAGGGCUACCAACUUGGUCACUGCUAUCACGGGCAACACGACAACUUACAUGAUUGGCGAGAAUGGUGUCAAGACACGCAAGGUGGAUAUGAUCCCCAUGCGUGUUACUAUCUUCCCGCAGGGAAGUCUGCACAUGAUGCAGAACAAUGACUGCGAACCCGCCCUCCUCCUCAGCGCCCUCAACAGCGACGACAGCGGCACCCUCAACAUCCUGCCCAGCCUCUGGUCCGUCCCUCAAGACGUCAUCAGCGCUGGCUUCGGCGACGCGUCCUUCAACCCCGCCAGCAUCGGCGAAAUGAUCCCUGAAGUGGGCACUGGAGCUAUUAUCGGAUCCGCGGAGUGCAAGAAGAAGUGCAAUAUCCAGAUGUAA